AUGUCGUCGUUUGUCCUUGAACCAGAACGGUCGUUAGUACCACUUUUUGCCUUUCUUGCCAUUCUGACCUCGGCGGCCAUCUUCAGACACAUCAAUCGAUCAAGCUUGAACCAGGUUCCCCACGCCCAUUGGAGUUGCGGCGUAUCUUCCGCUUGGGUCUUAUGGCAGCGAUAUAGAGGAAAAGAACUAAAAAUUCUGGAAGCAAAGCAUCGAAAACUCGGCCCCAUCCUGAGAGUCGGGCCGGCGGAUUUGUCUAUCAACUCUUACGAGCAUGGAGUCAGACCGAUAUACAAUGGAAGCUUUGAGAAGCCAGAAUAUUUCAGGUUCUACCGCUACUACGGACGCAAAACCUCUUUCUCGAGUAUGAAAAGACACGAUCAUUCCAUGCGAAGGAAAAGAGUAUCCGCUGCGCUGGCCAAGACGGCGUUGUUCACUUCGGAACCCCUUCGUACAACAGUGGACCAGAUUCUCUACCAGAGACUCUUGCCCCUCAUCGAAGGACACCAAGGACUUUCACUCGACAUUCUACCUUUAUGCUACGCCCUCAGUCUGGAUGCGUUGACAAGCACUUUGUUGGGUGCUCCAGCUGGGACGAAGUAUUUGCUUGAUUUGCCCAGUGUUGGUCUUUGGCUCGAAAACUAUGAACUGAUGUACUGUAAGCAGGCGUUCUGGCCACAAGAGCUUCCGGGAUGGACAAGAGCCUUGAGAAAAAUCGGAGUAGACAUGCUACCGAGGUCGUACUACACAUCACGAGAAGCGCUUGAGGAGUGGCUUCUUGAGAUCUGCGAUCGGGCUGAGCUCGACAUUACAGUCAUGAACCCAACAGGUCUGUCAAAAGAGCCAGCUUCGUUGUAUCAAGUCUUGAAAGCAGCAGUUGAGAUAGACUCGCCACAGAUGAGCCGCGAAGAGCAGAGACUGGAAAUUGCAAGUGAGCUCUUCGAUCAAAUCUCUGGCGCUCGAGAAGUUCUAGGGCUUGUAUUGGCGUACACGAUUCUCUACAUCUCUCAAAAUCCCGAUGCACAAGAGAAGCUGAGGAACGAGGUUUUAGCCUGCAUGCCUCGUGCCAAGUCUGAAGAUGCGACCUAUCAUGAUGACAGAGGCGGCGAUGCAGAGUUGAAAGAAGCACAGUCGCCAGCUCCAGCAUCGUUGGACCGACUCCCGUACCUAUCAGCUGUCUUGAAAGAGUCCUUUCGCAUGCGGCCGAACAGCACACCCUUGCCACGGGUCACACCACAAGAUCGUUCUGUGUCUCUCGCUGGAUUCGAGAUUCCUCCCAGUACGCGAGUCAACGUCUUCCAGUGGUUCAUUCAUCGGAACCCAGAGACGUUCGACUGCGUCGACGAGUGGCACCCUGAGCGCUGGAUCAGCGACAGCGGAACACUGAAAGUUGGCUCUGAUCAACCUCUCUGGGCGUUCGGAAGUGGCAGCCGAAUGUGUGUCGGCGCGUCGCUCUCGCAGUAUUUGAUGAAACACACUCUUGCCGCCAUAUACUCACGAUUUUCUUCGAAGAUUGUCGCGAAGAAGCAGAAUGUACAAGAACCAGGAUCUCUCGAAGAUGAAAUCAUCGUGGUGUUUGAAUCUCUAUAG